GUUAUGUCUUUUCAAGUUUUCUCUGUUGUAGUGCAUCAUUAAAUUUCAAAAUCAUGGCGAAACAACUUAUUGUUUGUGGUAUAAUACACAUGGUUAUUUCCAUUCUAUCUAUUACAGGUGUAUCUGCUGACACAUUAUGCCCGGACAGCUGGACAGCAUUUCGAGGAUCAUGUUACUUGUUUGCACACGAAAACCUCACAUUUAUGGACGCAGAGCGUUCUUGUGUACACUAUGGAGCACAUCUGGUUCAUGUUGAUGAUGCAACCGAGAACACAUUUCUGAAAAGUUACUUGUCAAAUCUGAAAGAUCCGAUUCACUGGAUUGGCCUGACAGAUGAAGUAACUGAAGGUAUCUGGGUAUGGUACGACAAUAAUGAAGUGGCUACAUUUACAAACUGGCACAACAUCACAUCAGAACCUAAUGGUGGAAAAGCUCAAAACUGCGUAUAUAUCGCUGAAGGACAUGGGUAUGAGUGGAUUGAUGCACCUUGUGGCUGGAAGAGGAAACCUCUUUGUGAGAAAAGAGAACAAGAAGAAACGAUUGUUGGAUAGAAGAGGUUCGCUGGAUGUAUUAUGGGCGUUUACAAAACAAGGAAUCUUUAAGUGAAUAGCUUAGUUCUAAAACUUUUUGAAUACAAGAAAGUGAGUUUAUUGAAUAAAUUAUAGUGUAUGUUUUACCUUUGAAAUCAAGAUGAUGUUUUUGUUCCUCAGAUGAAAUAUCGACAUUAACAAUAUACAUAAAUAAAGCAGUAGAUGAAG